AUGCUAUCGAUUUUUUUACUGUAUUCUCUUAUAACAAUCACUACAUCAAUAACACCAGUACCUGGUACUAUUCAUGUUCAAUUAUUACCAACUAAUCAAGUAGCAAAUGAAGUAUAUAGACCAUCAACAGCUGUUCAUUAUGUAGUCAAUUUUGAAAAUGUUCCUAUUAAUAAUGAUGUUAGUUUUGGUGUUGAAAUUCGUGGUUCGAAUCCAAGAGGUGGGCCUCGUGGUUAUAUAGCAAUGGCAUAUAGUGAAGUUCCAAUUAAAGAAUUUAUAGCAAGAACAAAUAAUUAUCUUGAAUUUAACUUAGUACCAGCGGAAAUUUUUGCUGGUUAUAGCUGGUUUUUACGACCUUUUGUCUUUUUUACAAAUGAAUCCAUGGGUUCAACAAAUAUGAUGAAUUCUGGUGCAUCAAAAAUGUUUACUAUUCUUAAACAAUGA